CUUCUGCGUUAAAGUUCAAAUCAAACUCUGAAGUAUGUUUAGUUUCCGGUUCCUGACUUCCUGACAAAGACAAUGUCCGCUGUUUGACCGUACUAGAUUAGAUCUAGCGCCUACUUAACUCUUUCUAAAGCUACAGGAGAGAAAAGUGUAUGGAGAAGAAUACACUAAGGCAACAAAUAUAUGACUAAAAGUGAAACAGCUGCCCCGGCACUGUGGCGUUGAUGUCUGUGCUUUCCAACUCUUUUCACAUGACGCAUUUCCUGGAGAGACUGGAUCAGUUACAGUCUGUUGUCUUGUACUUGAGCGAGAAAAAUGAGUUUGUGAAACUCAAAGAAGAACUCGAUGUUCAAGUUAGGCAAGAGUUCGACGACUUCGAAAUACAACCUCAACAGCAGAGCUUGAUUUACCGCUUCAUUAUCGAUGUUGACCUCAGCGCCCUUCUCGAAAAAAAUGCUCCUCUUGGGAAUACUGUCCUGCUGUCUGCCCUUGAGGGAACAAACUUGUUCCAGGAGGUUUUGUUUGGACAUUGUCGGGCAAAUGAGCUCCUCCCACCGGACGUGACAUCAUCACAGAUUUUCACCAAGCUGCAAGUCACAAACUUCCCCGUCAUUUUGCACCACUUGCAGGUAGAGAGAGUCUCGGACCUGACCAAAUUCCUGGACUACCCCGGCUUUGUGCGACUAGUGGGCAUCACAACUGGCGUGUCCGGACCAGCAAAAUACACCCAUUUGAAAGUUUAUACUAUUACUCAAAAUGUGUGUCCUGAGGAGGAGUGUGAGGGGCACUACGGCAACAGAUACAUCAGGACUCACGUACCGGGCGCCUCGGAGACGCAGAUCAUCAGGUCAGACUUUCGGUGCAGACUUUGUGGUGAGGUCCUGGAGGAGGUGACAGCGUCACGGAUACUCUCAGACAAAGUGGUGGCAGAGCUCGUUCCCGUGCGGCUGUGUGGCCCGGCUCAGAGAGAGGUGCUGGGCGAGGGCCGGCUCCAAGCUGUGCCUGUGUUUGUCAGAGAUAACCUGGUGGAAAAAGUGGAGCUGGGGAGAAUGUACGAAGUGAUCGGUAUAUGUCGCAGCGAUGUGCAAGGGGGAACUAUCAGCAUCGCUCUGGAGGCCAACAACAUAUCUGAGAUGGAGAAAGUCAAAAUAUCUUCUGUGGACUUGUUGCCCAAGUCAGUUCGAGACGCAUAUAAAGGCUACACUGAGUUUGUUCACUUAUUUCACGUGAUUCUGGCUUGUCUGGUGAUCACAGCGAAGUAG